AUGGAUGACAACUAUCUCCAAAGGAUGAUAGACCAACUCGCUGCCAAAGAGCUUAUCUUUGGAGCUGGCGCGCAUUUCUCUUGUUCCGAGGUCUACACCACCGCGCAAGCUUUCCUCAACAUGCCCUCCAUCGUGACAGAAAUCGACCUCUACGAGACCACACCCGACACACUCUCCCAAGACGACUACCUCCCAUUCCUUCUCACCCAUCUCCAAACAACUGUCGGCAAAAAUAUCGGUUCACUCUCCUUCACCAGACUCAGCUGGCGUAACUUCAAAGACCCCGUUCUCUGGCACAACGCUCUCACCUCCUUCCCGGCCGUUCAAAACUUGGAGCUUUUCGAUAUCCAAUGCACCGAAGCACAGUUCUUCUCAAUUGUCAACUCCCUUCCCAGCGAGAUGCGCCUCUUCGCGACCCAAAGCAUACACAUCGACGAAUACGAGGCCCAAGCAGGACAGUUCAUCCCUAGCUGCGACACUCCUGAGGAGAUCAGUGCCGGGGAACAUGGUCCACGGGCAAAUAUGGUCAAUAUGGAGAUCGCUACCCACACCGACCUCGUCCUUUUCUCCCGGCUUGCGAGCCGUAACUCGCACUUGAAGAUCAGCGGGGUCGAUGACCUCAAAGUGAGGCAGUACGGCAUCGCUAGACCUCCUUGGGAUGCCUAUAUUUGCUCCCGUCUCUCUGCCAUCAUGCGCGCCAUAGUCGAGCCGGGACAGAUCCCUACGUUGCAUUUGGGACCAUUCGAUUUUGCUUCGGAUGAUAUUCCGGAGCCACUCUUCCUCAAGAACAUCGUCGACCUGACCAUCACUAUCUCUUUGUUCAACGAAAAGCCUUGUCUCGACUGGUGGACUGCGACCCUGAACAGACUUGCAUUCCCAUGCACUAUCGAGACAUUCGAAAUCAGGGUCGAAGUCGACACGGACGCUCUCCCCACUGGGGCCUCUUUUCUGAUGGGUGUACCACCACAGGAAUGGGCCGCGUUGGAUGAAGCAUUGUGUCACGCGGCGCCCAUCAUCGAAAAGAUCAAGCUGUCGCUUUGUGGCCGCACCGAUAAGCAGGACCCGGAGAAUUACAAAUGGGGCGAUAUCAUGGAGUGGCUCGAAGAUGCGUGCAUCAGGAACGCGCAAGAGAUGUACGAGAGGAAGGGGUUGUCUUAUUUCGAGUCCGAGAGGUGCUUCAGUGAAGAAAAAGUCAAGACAACGCCUUCCGGCCCCGGAUCCGCGCUUGCCAUUCUUGCUGCUAAAGCCCAAAGACACAUAGUUGGAGGCCAUGUCUCCCAGGAGACAUGCUACGCCCGUCUCGGACACGAAUUCUCCCUCGAUCCAGUCGACAUUCGCAAAGCAGCCGAAGACUCCUGUCCCUCCCUGAAAUGGGACACGAAUCUGGAGAACUUUUUCCACGAACUCAAAGAUGAAAAUCGCGAAACGAUGUGCAUCUUUGCCAUGUUCAAUAUAUCACAGCCAGGCUAUGAAGCGCUCCGGAGCGUUUCGGCGGAUAUGAAUUGGUCAAUCUUCGAUGGCAUCUUCACAUCCUUUGCAGCCGGUAGGCGUAAACCCGAUCUGGGUUUCUACCACUUCGCUAUUCAAGAGAACUUCUCUCAGCUGCUCAUCCUGGAUAUAAUCCGUGACCUAUCUUUGGUCGAUUUGGAUGUGCCCAAGAAAGGGAAGUGGAACCUCUUUGCAGGCAGUAUUUCGAGUGAAAGAGGAAGUGAUGGUAUCUAUGAUGGAUGUGAUGUUGAUACAUACUUUGACCAAACUUGGCCACAUAUCGACCCUGUCAUCUGUGUCAAUGUUCUCAACCUCUUCUAUUCCUAUGGUGGGGGAAAUGAGAUGAACCAGACCUUGGAAUGGGUAUAUCAAGUUCUUCUCCAUCGUGCGUAUGUCCAAGGAUCGCCGUACUACGAGAAAGCAGAGGGUUUUCUCUUCUUCCUCUAUCGAUUUAUCCGCGGCUGUGAUAACCCAGCGAUCCAAAGUCGUUUCUAUCUGCUCCUAAAAGACAGGGUUACGGAGCGAAUUGGAACUCAAGGAGACGGACUUGCGUUGGCGACGCGUCUAAUUGUGUGCAGCUUUACAGAUGUGAAAAAUGCAAUCGAUGUCCAGGCUCUCCGAGGGCUCCAGCGUGGAGAUGAAGGAUAG